AUGGUACAACUACCUGAGCCAUAUACCUUCCUCAACGAAUCAUUCGCUGCAUCACCGGCAACCUUCCCCCUCUUUGCUCGUCUGCCUGUUGAGCUCAGACUUGCCAUUUGGAGAGAGGCCAUCUCCGUGUCUAGAUUUAUACACAUUGAGCUAUGGGAUGAUCCAGCCUGCUGUACUUUGACCACCGAUCCACAGAUUGCAUACUACAAAACUACCAACAUCCUAGGAAACAUUGUUAGCGGCUACCCGUACUGUAUCAACAUGGCCCCUUCAGAUGAGGGAUCUUGCUCUGCCAUUGGUAAGGUGAAUCGGGAAUCUCGACAGAUGUUUCUUAACAUCUACAGAAUCCAAGUACCUGUCAAGGUUGGUAGAGCUGCAAUGGUCGCCGACGGGACACGAUACUUGUAUAUCAACCCUGAUGUGAAUAUUCUAUGGCUUGAAACUGACCAUGCAUUCAAAACAAAUCUCACAAUGCUGUCCUUUGUUCAUGAUAUUAUAGCGUAUGACCCGCGCGGUGUCGGCAUGACGAAACUGGGCUUGCACAACAACAGAUGGAAUCCUUUGGAAGGUCUGCUCCCAAACAGCCUACCGCUUACACUUCAAAGGAGUCUAUCAAUCAUGUUUUCUACGAGUCUGGAAAUCUUUUACUCCAUCAUCUCGCUUGACCUUGGGCAUCAUAUCACUGUUAGCCGCAUCCAAUCCACCAACACCAUUGUGCAUAACUAUCAAGCGACACCGGUAUUUUCAAGUGCGCAGAUAUACAGGCGUAUUGAGUGCGACCCGCGGGAUAUUCAAGCUUGUUUGCAAAACUUUAAGCUUCAUGAGGAUAUGCGAAGAUAUGUGCACACUUUUAACCGAUUCAAGGCCGCCUGCAAGGUCGCAAGAGAUAUCCCCAUGCGUUACCUUCUUCUUUGCGAAUUAGACCCAAAUUCGAGCAUCUCUAGUCGCGAAGCAUUUUCCGAUAUCAUGCAGCGGAAAGAUGAAGAGUUCCACGAGUGGAUAGAACAGGUGUCAGACGAGAAUAGCCUGUCUUGGGUGCCAGUAGUAGCCAUGGAGCCUGUCACUCCGCCACUGGUAGCUGGGGUUUGGGAAUUUGCACCUGAUGUAUUUGGUGAGAUACCUAGCUCAGACACAGAAUGGCCCAUAUUGGAUCCGACAAUUCAUAAGACUAGGCACAUGGACCUAACAAAGCACCCGCCUCGGCUAUGGGUGUUUGAUCUACCAUGA